UAAAACCCUUUCACCAAAGGCCACCACCAGCAGCAACAACUACCCCCGCCCCUAUCUCUACCAGCGCCACUCUCUCUGUACAUAAAUUGCUUUGCUUUUUUUUUCUAACUACAGAUCAAGAACCAAAAAGGAUAAAACUAUGGCUGCGGCUGUCCUCCGGAACCCUAAUUCGAGGCGCCUUUUGUCAUUCUCUUCCCCGAUUUACUGGUCCUGUCGUGGCUUUAUCUCUGCUUCCAACUUCUCAGUUUCCGAUCUUCUCUUUGGAAAUGAGGAGGCGGCAGUUCACGCUAACGCUAACCCUUGGUGGAGAUCCAUGGCUACUUUCACUCGCACAAAACCUCAUGUUAAUGUAGGAACAAUUGGGCAUGUUGAUCAUGGAAAGACCACACUGACUGCAGCAAUCACAAAGGUUCUGGCUGAAGAAGGAAAAGCCAAGGCUAUUGCCUUUGAUGAAAUUGACAAGGCUCCUGAGGAGAAGAAGAGAGGAAUUACAAUUGCCACGGCUCACGUGGAGUAUGAGACAAUGAAACGUCACUAUGCACACGUAGACUGUCCUGGACAUGCUGAUUAUGUUAAAAAUAUGAUCACUGGUGCCGCCCAAAUGGAUGGUGGUAUUCUGGUUGUGUCUGCUCCAGAUGGGCCCAUGCCACAGACUAAAGAACACAUUCUACUUGCCCGACAGGUUGGUGUGCCAUCUCUCGUCUGUUUUUUAAAUAAAGUUGAUGCCGUUGAUGAUCCAGAGCUGUUGGAGCUUGUGGAAAUGGAGCUUCGUGAGCUUCUUAGCUUCUACAAGUUUCCUGGGGAUGAAAUACCUAUCAUUAGGGGGUCAGCACUGUCUGCUUUACAGGGUACAAAUGAGGAAAUAGGGAAAAAGGCAAUUUUGAAACUAAUGGAUGCGGUAGACGAAUACAUUCCUGAUCCCGUGCGCCAGCUUGACAAGCCUUUCCUGAUGCCAAUUGAGGAUGUUUUCUCAAUUCAGGGGCGUGGAACUGUUGCAACUGGCCGUGUUGAACAAGGAACCAUUAAAGUUGGUGAAGAAGUUGAAAUUUUGGGGUUAACGCAGGGUGCACCUCUAAAAACCACAGUUACUGGGGUUGAGAUGUUCAAGAAAAUCUUGGAUCAAGGACAGGCUGGUGACAAUGUGGGACUUCUUCUGCGUGGUCUGAAAAGAGAUGAUGUGCAGCGGGGAAUGGUCAUUGCUAAACCUGGAAGCGUGAAGACAUACAAAAGGUUUGAGGCAGAGAUAUAUGUCCUCACAAAAGAUGAAGGUGGACGUCAUACCGCCUUUGAAUCAAAUUACAGGCCCCAGUUUUAUCUGAGGACAGCAGAUGUGACUGGAAAAGUGGAAUUACCCGAAAGUGUUAAGAUGGUUCUGCCAGGGGACAAUGUUACUGCAACUUUUGAGCUCAUCUCACCUGUGCCUCUUGAAGCAGGACAAAGAUUUGCCUUGAGGGAAGGAGGUAGAACCGUAGGUGCUGGUGUAGUAUCAAAAGUACUGACCUAAGAAGUUGCCAUUCCCAUAUCAAUGCCUGGUUUUCUCCAUCUUGUUGAUCGCAGAAAUGGAGAAAUUGAUAGAACAAUCAGUUGGUGAUAUUUUCUGUUCUAGAAUUACUAAAGAGAUUGUUAGUGAUAUGAAAAAUGAGGGCUGUUAUUGAAAUUAUUUUGAUUCAAUUUCGCUGGUGGUUGGUAAGCAGUCAGCAUGUUUUCCCCUGUUUCCACCCAAAAAAUCACAAUUGAACAGCUUUUUAAUGUCAUUGAAAAUAAUAGUCCCUGUUGAACAGUGCUAUAGUGCCAUGUAAACUUGGUAUUUUGCACGUCUUAAUCAAUCAUUUUUCCUUGGAA